AUGUCUGCUACUUUGGUUAUUGGUGGUAAGGCUCCUGUUGUUGCCUAUGCUGAAUUGAUUGCUGCUCGUAUUGUCAAUUCAUCAAAACCAGAUUCCAUUAAAAUCGAAUUUGUUGAAGACAAAAAGGCUUCUCCAGCUACUUUAAAUGGCGAUUCCGUCGAUGUUUUAUCUAAAAUUGUUACAGCAAACUCCGAUGUAUUCCCAGAAGGUGCUGCUAACUCUACUGAAUGGAUUAAAAUUGCUUCUGAAGAAUUAGUUGUUAAGAACUUCCAACAAUUGAAUAAAUCUUUAGAAAAAUUAGAUGCUCAUUUAAAUUUGAGAACAUAUAUUAAUGGUGGCCUAAACUUUACCGUUGCAGACAUCGCCUGUUGGGGUGCUCUAAGAUCCAAUGGUAUGGUCGGUUCUAUCAUUAAAAACAAAGUUAAUGUCAAUGUUUCCCGUUGGUAUACUUUGUUGGAAGAAAACACUUUGUUUGGUGGUGUCCAUGAAUUUUUGACUAAGUCUUUACAAGAAUUAAAGAAAGCUUCUACUGCUGGUAAAAAGAAGGAAACCCAUAAGGCUAAUUUUGAAAUCGACUUACCAGAUGCUAAAAUGGGUGAAGUUGUUACCCGUUUCCCACCAGAACCAUCUGGAUACUUACACAUUGGUCACGCCAAAGCUGCUUUGUUAAACCAAUAUUUCGCUCAAGCUUACAAAGGUAAAUUAAUUAUCAGAUUCGAUGAUACCAAUCCAUCCAAGGAAAACGUCGAAUUCCAAGAUUCUAUCUUAGAAGAUUUAGAAUUAUUGGGUAUUAAAGGUGACAGAAUUACUCACUCUUCUGAUUACUUCCAAGAAAUGUACGACUACUGUGUUCAAUUGAUUAAAGAUGGCAAGGCUUACUGUGAUGAUACCCCAACUGAAAAGAUGAGAGAUGAACGUAUGAAUGGUAUUGCUUCUGUUAGAAGAGAUCGUUCUGUUGAAGAAAACUUGAAAAUUUUCACCGAAGAAAUGAAGAAUGGUACUGAAGAAGGUUUGAAGAAUUGUGUCCGUGCCAAGAUCGAUUAUGAAGCAUUGAACAAAACUUUAAGAGAUCCAGUCAUUUUCAGAUGUAACUUGACUCCUCACCAUAGAACUGGUUCCCAAUGGAAAAUGUACCCAACUUACGAUUUCUGUGUUCCAAUUGUUGAUGCUUUAGAAGGUGUUACCCAUGCUUUACGUACUAUCGAAUAUAGAGACCGUAACGCCCAAUAUGAAUGGAUGUUAAAUGCUUUGAAGUUAAGAAAGGUUCACAUUUGGGAUUUUGCCCGUGUUAACUUUGUCAGAACCUUGUUAUCCAAGAGAAAGUUGCAAUGGAUGGUUGACAAGAACUUAGUUUCUAACUGGGAGGAUCCAAGAUUCCCAACUGUUAGAGGUGUUAGAAGAAGAGGUAUGACUGUUGAAGGUUUGAGAAACUUCGUCUUAUCUCAAGGUCCUUCUAGAAAUGUUAUUAACUUAGAAUGGAACUUGAUCUGGUCUUUCAACAAGAAGGUUAUCGAUCCUGUUUGUCCAAGAUUGACCGCUGUUGUUGAUCCAGUUAAGAUCCAUUUAGAAGGUGAAGACGCCCCACAAUCUGCAAAGGUCGAAAUGAAACCAAAACAUCCAAAGAACCCAGUUGUCGGCGAAAAGAAGGUCGUUUUCUACAAAGAUAUUGUUAUUGACAGAGAAGAUGCUGAUUCUAUCGAAGAUGGUGAAGAAAUUACUUUAAUGAACUGGGGUAAUGCUAUCAUCACCAAGAAGAAUGCCGAUGGUUCAUUGAACGCCAAAUUGCAUUUGGAAGGUGACUUCAAGAAGACUAAACAUAAGGUCACUUGGUUAGCUGAUACAGAAGAUGUUGUUAAAGUUGAUUUAGUCGACUUCGACCAUUUAAUCAGCAAAGAUAAAUUAGAAGAAGAUGAAAGUUUCGAAGAUUUCUUAACUCCUGAAACUGAAUUCCACACUUCUGCUAUCGCUGACUUGAAUGUUAAAGACAUGAAGGUUGGUGACAUCAUUCAAUUCGAAAGAAAGGGUUAUUACAGAUUAGAUUCUUUGGCUGCAGAUGGUAAGCCUUACGUUUUCUUCACAAUUCCAGAUGGUAAAUCUGUUAACAAGUAUGGUGCUAAGAAAUAA